GUCAAAACCAACAUGGUCAUCUUCUCCAGAGUGACUGGAGCUAUAUCCAGUGACUUUGUUGCCAAGUUUCCACAGCACUUCAACUUCAUAGAAAUGCUAGAAUCUGUCUGUGAAGAGACAGGCACACGAAUUAUGAACCAGGGAAACAACAACUUUGAGAUAGUUGGUGACUGGUCACAAAUGACUUUUGUCCAUAGUAUGCUCGAAAAUACUAUGGCUAUAUAUGGUGCUGUUGCCAUGGUAUCCAGUGCUUAUCCACCGGCUAAGGACCUAAAGAUAGCUCACAACAAACGCAUGACUCCUGACACCAAUGAUCCAAUUGUGCGGGAUGGUCACGGCGGAAUGCGUGACCAAACCGACAUGGGGGAUAAUUCUUACACAUCAGGGAACCAAGCUAACCGUUACUAUGACUCCAGAGUUGGGCCUUACCCAGCAGGCAAUAAUGGUGAUCGUUUCUUUGACAGUAGAGGCAGCCAUUAUACACCAAGCACAACAGGAAAUAGGACUUUUGACAAUCGGGGUUGGUAUUUUUACCCUGGUAAUAUGACGGACAGAGUACAUGAUCCAAGGGCAGCGUCAUACAUGCCAACAAAUAAUGGAGAUAAGUUUUAUGAUUCCAGAAGUGGUCCUUACACACAUGGGUACAGUGCAGAAAGGCAUUAUGACCCAAGAAUGGGACCAUACACACAAAACAACAUGAUGGAUAGACACUUUGACAACAGAGAAAGAUCUUACACACCAGGUAAUAUAGCAGAUAGACCAUAUAAUUCAAAUAUAGGACUGCAAUCCACUAAUAUGAAUGAUAAAAAUCCAUUGAAUGUGACAAAUAGCUUAGAGCUGCCUCCACUUGCUGCUAGUUCUACACCAACAGGUGGAAGUAUAGAAGGGACAAUCAAUAGAUUGGAAUCAACAGCUAACAUUGCAGCAGGAAGUCUCACUCAACAAGGGGAGGCAACUCAGGCAAGUCAUGGAUUUUCAGGAAAACAAUUAGAGACAAAUAUAUUGAGCCAGAUAAGUGGGGUUCAGGAAGACUCUGACCAUCACAGAACAUCUUCUGCAGAUCUUGUAGUUACUGAAAAAGAGGUGGCACAGACAGAAGUGAAAGUAGAAGAGGAACAAGAAGAAGGAGUAGCAAAGAAAUCUUUGGAAGCUCAUCACGAUGAAAGGCAUGAAAGAACAUCAGAAUCAGCUAAGGAACCAAUCAUUGAAUCUCAGGAAACAAGUGAUGCACAAAAUAAGAAUGACAGAGAUGAUGAAGAUGAAGAGGCAAAUGAUGAAGUUGAUCAGUCUCACUAUGCUGAUCCAGACUACCAUUUAGAUUCUGACACAGAACACUCUGAAGGUGUUGAGAAUUUCGAUUCUGAGGGGUCAAAAGAUAGUAUAGCCUCUGUGAAGGUGAAAAAAAGGAAAUACAAGAAGAGGAGGGUCGAAAGGCCACCAAAACGAUAUACCAAAAAGAAAAAAGGUAAAAAGGCUUUAUCUAAAGAAACACCUGUUGAGGGCAAGAGAAAGCGUGGUCGUCCGAGAAAGAACACAGGCCCCGAUAGUAAUAUAAAGUGUCCUGACUGUGAUUUCAUAGCAAAGGAUAGAAAAAGCUUGUACGCUCAUAAUCGAAGGGCUCACCUGAAUGUUGCAACUAACUGCAAUAUCUGUGGGAAGUUAUAUCCCAGUCUUUUUGAUAUGAAACGACAUCGUAUAUUGAUUCAUAAUCCCCCAAAGUAUUGUUGUGAUAUCUGUGGAAAGCGUUAUAAAGUCAAUACAAGUUUAAAACUUCAUGUAAAAUCGCAUGAACCAAACUAUGUAAAACCUGUAUACCCUUGCUCAUCCUGUGAUAAGUCGUUUGCUAACCCCAGUCUUCUCCGAACACACACUCGACGUAAACAUGAACCUGAGUCUGAGUUUGAACGGGAGGUGAGAGAGGUGAAGCACUUCUGUUAUAUCUGCCAUAAAACAUUUUCCUCCAAAGCAGCAUUACAAGAACACACCAAAAUUAUCCAUAUGAGAAUCUACGACCACCAGUGUGAUCAGUGUGGUAAGGUGUUUGGAUAUGAGAAAUCUCUAGCUACACACAAACUCAUCCACUCCUCAGCAAAGAACUUUGUAUGCAAAAUCUGUGGAAAAGCUUUCAAGCAGAAAUCUUGCAUGACUAUCCACCAAGCUAUCCACAUGGAGAAGAAGUUCCUUUGUGGACACUGUGGGCGUGGUUUUACUCAGCGGCAAUCACUUCGACGCCAUGAAAUCAUACACCGUGGAGAGAAACCAUACUCGUGUAAGCUUUGUGGUCAGGCCUUUAAUUCUAUAUCCACCAUACGUCGUCAUGUCAUCCUUGUACACAAGCUUCAAAAAGAUUCUAGUGUGUGGCGCGAGGAUAUAAAUGUGGACACAGAACUUCUUGCCAGUAUCAAGACGUAACCUAAAAUUUAAUCUCUGCUUGAGUAUAUAGCUAACAUUAUGUGGACAAUUUUCAUUAGCCUCUGUAGUGCGAUAUGGGCUACUUUACAAAUGUGUACACUAAUUUUCCUUUGAUGGGAAUUAAUAUACAUAGGUGUAAACACAAACACUUGUAUAUGUCGAGAAUGUAAGCCACCAAAGUAACAAUAUACAGACCACUCUACAUCACACCAUGAUAGAGGUCUGUAGAUUUUUACUUCGGUCAUCUUCAUUUCAAUAUGUACAGUGCACAUCAAUUGUCAUUACUGUAUUUAUCCGACAAUAAGCCCAAUAUGCUUUGUAUUAUGAUGAAACAUUUAUAUAUUGCUGCUAGUUAAUUUGCUAACCAAUGUUAUUUUUUUUAUCUUGUAAUAAGUUCACUCCCAACUUUGUGUCAUAAGUAAUGUUUCGAUCCCUUUGGGCUUAUUACACGAAAAAUACA